AUGGCAUCCGCAGCAAUGAAGCUUGGGGCCUGGCCUUUUCUGAUGUGCCUCUCCUGGGCGGCAAAGCUCAGAGGGACCAGUGAGCCUCUGUGCAGUGGAAAUCAGUUCCCCCUGGAUGCUGCUGGCAAGUACCACGCUGCUGGCCUGGCACGCGGCGAGGACUUGCUGAAUGCGAAGGACUUAGCAGAUUUCCAGGAAGGAUUGAAGGCGGUGGCAGACUGGGCUGUUCCAGUUGCAUGGCAUCUCAGCGUAACGGUGAACAGCAGCCUCAAAGAGGCUGUAAAGUUUGGAUUUGCCGGCCGUGGUGGAUUCUUGAUGAUCACCGUUCCAGCUGAAGCAGCAGGCAUAGAAGUCAGCGCGACGGGCCGUGUGGCUGCUGGAGCAUCAGACGCCAGCUUCCAGUAUCGCGAUGGACCUCAGGUCUUAAACGGCGAUGUAAUUUUCAAGAACUUCUGCCUCAGACCGCUGAAAUGCGGAGAGAAGGAGUUCUGCGGCGAGGGCUGGACGGCAAAGCCUCCGACUACCCUUGGAAACAGCAGGCUCGAGUGCUGCGAAGCCAUCACCUGCAAGGAUGCCGCAGAGGUGGGUGGCUGCAAUGGCACGGCCUGGACGAAGAGACCAAACUUCGACCAGCUGAAAGGCUACACCCGAGACCAAUGCUGCCAACCGCGUCUUUGUGACGGCAGCCUUUGUGGACCGGGGUUCAAGGCCAAGAAUGCAACUGGCCUUCAGGGCAGCACGACGGAAGAGUGCUGUGAGCCUGCGUUCUGCCACGAGAUGAAGUGUCCAUCAGAAACAGAAUACAUUCUUGUCACGCAUGAAGCCGACGGAAAGCCCCGACGAGGGAACACCGAGGAGGAGUGCUGCAAGGAAGCCAGAUGCACGGACCUGGACUGUGGCAAGAGCGCAAACUUAGAGUGGCGGAACAAGACCACGCCCAGCGGUUUGGGCAGCACCUUCGCCGAGUGUUGUGACAAGAAUUUCUGCGCUGACUUCAAGUGCUCUCCUUCCAGCCAAUGGAAGCCGAAAGCCCUUCCGAAGCUGCAGCAGGGGGGGAGCAACCAGGCAUGCUGCCAGGCCCUCUCGUGCAAGGACUACACCUGCCAGGAUCCAAAGAAGAUGGUUCCCAAGCUUCCCGACGGCCGUCCCUCCCUGGCGCUGGGGAGCACGGACUCGGAGUGCUGCGAGCUGAAGUUCUGCAAGGACUACACCUGCAGCGAUGCCACGAAAUGUUCCAAGAAGCCGCUUAUGGAGGAAGGAAGUCCGCGAAGGGGCUUUGACGACGAAACCUGUUGUGAGGAGAUCUUUUGCGAGAACUCCAUCGAUUGUGAGAGGGCGGAUGGUAGUAAGUGGCGCUCCAAAGCUCCCAAGGUCUUGCUUGGGCUUCAGGGCAGCACGGUCCAGCAGUGCUGCGACGCCAACUUCUGCGCCGACUACAAUUGCAGCACGGAUGCGCAGGGAACUGGUCAUGGGACAAAGUGGUACAAGAAGGCUGACACCAACCAGUAUCGCUAUCAGGGCAGCACGGAUGCCGACUGCUGCUUGCCAAAGUACUGCGCCACGUACGAAACAAAGCUGCCGCUCACGAAGUGGAAGCGCAGACGCGCUGUGGGUCUUCUGGGCAGCACAGAUGCCGAGUGCUACGAAGAAAGGAGGUGCGUUGAGGAGGUGAACUGCCACGCCUUGGGUGCAGCCAAUGCCACAGAUGAGCAUCGUUUGGGCAGCACUCGCGAAGAGUGCUGCUUGUAA